AUGCAACGAGCACACCGGUCGGGCAACCUAAAGCAGAGCAAUAAGGCUCACAAGUCUCGUCAUCGCUCUAAACGUGGAAUAGCAGCAGCUGUUAAAGGCAAGGUAAAUGUUAAGGAAUUUGUGCGGCGCAAUCGACAUAUACUGAAAAAAGAUGAACGUCGUCACCAAGCGCUGCAGAUACGCAAGAACAAGCGUGAAGAGGUUUUAUCAAAGAAACGUGCUCUGGGCGGUACUCGGAAUCCCCCGUUUUUAGUGUGUGUGGUGCCUUUGAACGCCCAGCUGGAUGUUCAGUCCGCCCUGACCAUAUUGAAGACGUGUUCUGAAGGAACAGUAGUUACACAAGCUCCUAAUGGCAUGUUACAUCUUAGCUUACCAAAUUUCAAACAGAGAUUCUCUUUCAUUUGUCCUGAGGUCUAUAAUGAUUUUGCUUUGUUGGAUGCUCUAAAAAUUGCAGAUACUGCUUUAUUUAUCAGUUCUGCUCUUGAAGAGCCUGUUGACGAAUGGGGUGAGAAAGUCCUUGCUUUAGCAAUGGCCCAAGGAAUGCCUACACCUAUUGUGGCUGCAAUGGAUAUUGAAGGAGUCAACCCAAAGAAGCGUACAACAGAAAAACAAAACGUACAAAAAUUAAUAUCAAAGUGGCUUCCAGAAGAAAGAGUAAUGCAACUAGAUAAGAGCUCAGAUGGUUUAAACUUGCUACGUAGAAUUGGCAACCAAAAACGUAACAUCAUACAUCAUAGAGAAAAAAGACCUUAUAUGCUUGCUGAGGAGGUUGAAUAUGUACCUGAUGCUGAAGGCGAGAAUGGCACUCUUAAAAUAAGCGGAUAUUUACGUGGUAUGCCAUUAAAUGUAAAUGGUCUUUUGCAUAUUACUGGCUUUGGAGACUUCCAGAUGUCAAGGAUUGAUGGAUGGACGGAAGAUCCUCAUCCUUUAAGUACAGGUAAAGAAAACGCCAGCUCUGGUGAUGCAGUAAUGGAGGCUGAUGUCAUGAAGUUGUCAGUGUUGCAAGUUGCAGACCCAACAAAACAGGAGAGUCUUGUAUCAGAGAAUAUUCCUGAUCCUAUGGAUGCAGAGCAAACUUGGCCAACAGAAGAAGAAAUAGAACAAGCUAAUUUAGAGACUAAAAAGAAAAAGAUUAAGAAAGUACCCAAAGGCUGGUCUGAUUAUCAAGCAGCAUGGAUUGUGGAGUCUGACGCCGAAGGAGGUUCAGAAGACGACGAUGAAAGUGAUGAUGAAGCUGAAGACGAAGCAUUUAUGUCUUGUGAAGAGGACAAUUCUGAUCAAGAAGAAAAUGAAAAAGACAAUGACUUCCAAUCAGUUACAGAAUCAGAAGUUGGUCCUACUGAUGACAAGUAUGAUGAAACGAUCGAUGCUCACGAGGAACAUACAAUGCUUCAGAAACUCGCAGCAGCUAAAGAGGACAAACAGUUUCCUGAUGAAGUUGACACCCCUCAAAAUAUGCCGGCUAAGGAACGGUUCAUGCGGUAUCGGGGAUUGGAAUCUUUUAGAACAUCGCCUUGGGAUGUUAAAGAAAAUUUGCCCGAAGAUUAUGCAAGGAUAUUUCAGUUUGAGAACUACGAUAGAACCAGGAGGAGGGUGUUUAAGGAAUUGGAAGAUAGUUUGGUUAAUAUGUAUGGUUUCUACAUCACAAUCCACGUGAAAGACGUGCGUCAAGACCACUGGGAGGCGUUCCACAGUGCAAAUGCAGGUGCACCUCUUUCAGUCUUUGGAUUACUACCCCAUGAACAGAAGAUGUCUCUGAUGAAUGUGGUUCUGAAACGUACUGGCGCCAGUGACGAGCCUAUUAAGAGCAAGGAGAGAUUGAUCUUCCAAGUGGGCUACAGGAGGUUCAUUGUUAAUCCUAUAUUUAGUCAGCACACCAAUGGAACGAAACAUAAGUAUGAACGAUUUUUCCAACCGGCGUCAACGUGUGUCGCAACCUUCUUUGCACCUAUACAGUUUAGUCCAUCAUCAGUACUUUGCUUUAAGGAAAAGAGUAACACAAAACUUCAACUUAUAGCAACAGGUGUAUUAUUGUCAUGUAAUCCAAAUAGAUUGAUUAUAAAGAGGAUUGUACUCUCAGGACACCCAUAUAAGGUUAACAAAAGGUCUGCAGUAAUUAGAUUUAUGUUCUUCAACAGAGAAGAUGUCUUAUAUUUCAAGCCUUGCAAACUUAGGACAAAGUAUGGUUGUACCGGACACAUUAGGGAACCUUUGGGUACUCACGGUCAUAUGAAGUGCGUGUUCGAUAAUCAGCUGAGAUCUCAGGAUACGGUUUUGCUGAAUCUGUACAAGCGAAUGUUCCCUAAAUGGACUUACGAGAAUUGCAUUGUCACCGAUAAAGAUAAAAAAAAUAAUGAUAUGAUGGAGUAA